UAUAAAUUAAACAAUAAAAUGGAUAAGCGAAAGAAGCGAACAUCAAUCAAUCAGUACCUAAUGUACAUUGAAUUGCUGGAAAAGGAUGCAAUUUUCCGAUCUGGAAUAACACCACGCGACGCAGAGCCCAACUAUUUAAACAAUAAAUGGAGAGAUCUAGCUUCUAGACUAAAUACCUGCCUAAACGGACCACAGCUUUCACCAGAGGAAUGGAAGAAGCGCCUAAAUGAUUGGAAAAAUAGCACUCGCUGCAAGUACCGUCGCAGUGUAUCUGGUGAAAAGGAUAUUUCCAUGUCACCACUUGAAGUAAAGGCACUUAGUCUGUUCGGAAAAACCCCUGUUCUUAUAAGAUCUUCCCAAACCGUGGAGUUCAAGUCCGAGGCUAAGGAAUUGUACGAAGCAGAAAAGAAACAUCAAGCUGCAGCCAAAGCGAGGGUUGUGAAUAAUAGCUCUGAAAACAACCAAUCCCUAGACGAAGAACUCGAAGGUAUUUUUAUUGAUCAAGAGGAGUACAAUGAAGAUGAAUCAGUGGAAGAGGUCGAAAUUAAGGAGAGAAAAUUUGAAGGAACAAAUGGUGGAGUUUCCAAGACCAAAAGGCGUCGCACUAUUGAAACAACAGUUUACGAAAUUAAGUCAUUUUCGCCAAAAAGAGGUAUGUCAAGCACCCCUCAAACUUUGGCCAUAAGCGCAGUAGAGACACUGGCAACAACGGAUCAACCCCCACCAGCAGCACCACCGCAACCACCGCCAUCUGAACCACUGGUAGAAAUACGUCCUUCACCCGUCCAGCCACAAGUUAACCUGGACAUUAGUGCGCUAGAACUCCAACUAAAACGCAUUGCUGACAUUAAGGCAGAAAAAUUGAGAUUUGAAAUUGCAAAGUAUAAGUUCAAUAAUCCAGGAUUUGAGUAUUCGACUGAGUUUUCAUAGUACAAAAGAGAGAAAAAGUAUCUUUUGUUUAGGUUUUAGAAACCGUCGAUGGCGACGACCCUUUAGAAUAGUGUGUAGGAGGAUAGGUUUCGAACAUUAUUUUAGCAUUUUAUUCAUAACAAAAUAAGAAGAAAUAUUUGUAUCCGUUUACUUAGAUUUUAUUUUUACUUUGUUCAAAGUUAGUUUUAUUUAAAUUUAGUUAAUAAGCAUUUAAAGUAAAAAUUGAACAGAAAAAGCGACUUAUACUCGUAUGUUGAAGAUAAAAAGGCUGGGAUUUUAUAAUUUUCAAUAAACCAUCGCAAAUUCAGAAGAUUCUUAGAAGCGUCAUUUGUAAAUCGAAUUAAAAAGACAUUUAUCAGAAUAAUUAGGUGUAUUUUUGUAUUUGUUUUAUUUGAAAAUUGGUGAAGGCAAUUAGUGUACGUAAUCGACAACCAGUUUAAUUACAGACAAAUUACGCGACUUAACUGCUUUUCCCUACUUUCGUGGCAAUUAUUGUGUCAAAGAAAAAUCUUAUUGGAAACUAAGAUCAUUUCCGUUCUGUUUUAUUUUGAGAGGUGGAAAAGACCAUAAUCUCUAAAGCUAUAAUUACACGAUCAACACAGAGUGAACGCUUUGACUCCUUCCGGUCAUCACUUACAGUCAAUUGCAUUUUUUUAACGUAGAUUUUGAUUUUGAACAUGGCAAUUGUUAUUUUUUCAAGUGUAUUUUGAAGAAAUAUUACUAAUUCCUUUUUCAAUUUGACAAAGAAUACUUUUACAUAAACCUUCAAAUACAAUUGUGAAUAAAAUAAAUAAAUCACAAAGGGGG